AUGUCUGCUACUGCCGAUACUCUAGUCGAAGAAAAGAUUCAUUGUGCUGGUUUACAAUGUGGUAAAGAAACCAAUUCAUCGUUGAAAUGUCCCAUCUGUUUGAAACAGAAUAUCACUUCUAUUUUCUGUAACGAAUCAUGCUACAAGAACAAUUACAAGGCUCAUAAGGCCUUACAUGAAAAAGAAGAAGGCUCUGGUGACGCUUAUGAUCCAUUUCCAAAGUUUAAGUACACUGGGAAAGUUAGAGCUCAAUAUCCUCUAACUCCCAAGAGAUAUGUUCCAGAAGAAAUUGAAAAGCCAGAUUGGGCAGCAAAUGGUUUACCAGUAUCGGAACAAAGAAACGAUAGAUUAAAUAAGAUCCCAGUCUACACUAAAGAAGAAAUUAAAAAGAUUAGAAAAGCUGCUGUAUUGGGUAGAGAAGUAUUGGAUAUCGCUGCUGCUGCUGUCAAGCCAGGUGUUACCACAGAUGAAAUUGAUGAAAUUGUCCAUAGAGAAACCAUCAAGAGAAAUGCUUAUCCUUCACCUUUAAAUUAUUAUAAUUUCCCUAAAUCCGUCUGUACUUCUGUUAAUGAAAUUAUUUGUCAUGGUAUUCCAGAUAAGACAGUUUUAAAAGAAGGGGAUAUUGUUAAUAUCGAUGUUUCUUUAUAUCACGAUGGGUUCCAUGCUGAUUUAAAUGAAACCUAUUAUGUUGGUGAAAAAAUUUCCAAAGAAGCUCUGAAUACAGUCGAAACUUCAAGGGAAUGUUUAAAGCAAGCUAUUAAAUAUUGUAAACCAGGUAAUACAUUCCAAGAGUUAGGUGAUCACAUUGAAAAACAUGCUAAUGAAAAUAAAUGUUCUGUCGUAAGAACUUAUUGUGGUCAUGGUGUGGGGAAAUUCUUCCAUUGUUCGCCAAAUAUUCCACAUUAUGGUAAAAAUAGAACUCCAGGUGUUAUGAAGCCUGGUAUGGUUUUCACAAUAGAGCCAAUGAUUAAUGAAGGUACAUGGAGAGAUGUCACUUGGCCAGAUGAUUGGACUUCAACAACUCAAGAUGGUAAGUUAAGUGCUCAAUUCGAACAUAUGAUUUUAAUUACUCAAAAUGGUUCAGAACUAUUAACCGCAAGAUAUAAGAAAUCUCCAGGGGGUCCAAGACAAAGAAUUAAAUAA